AUUUUCGUCCACCUUGCAGUUCGCAUACAUCCCAAUCUCAACCCCAGAAAAUUAGGAUCAUCGUCGGGGAACUGAAAAAAAUACCAGACAAUUAUGCUUCGAAAAUCUAUCUACCUGUGGGUCGCGACGUGCGUCCUAACUUGCGCCCACGGACAAACGCGUCCAUCUGUCGGUACCGACAAAUGCAAUGUGCCUCUGACCGCGAAGGCCAUGCUGGAUGGAAAAUUUGGGAUCACGGGACGGGUGAAUUUCCAACUGGUUCCUGGCGCACAGCUUGUGGUCGUCGAUGUGAAUCUUGCAGGCUUGAAAAAGCCGGCCGGUUUUGGUGAUUACACUUAUCAUGUUCAUACCCAUCCGGUAGGCGCAGAUGGAAAUUGCGCGGCAACUCAGGAACAUCUUGAUCCCUUCAACGUUGGGCCCAAAACGCCGUGCGAUUUUCAUCAACCCCAGCUGUGCCAAACUGGAGAUCUAUCCGGGAAGUUUGGAAAGAUAUCAAGUACCCAAGAUACCGCCUCGAUGCACUACAUUGAGCCUUUCUUGAAGUUCUCUCCUCAAGAGCAAAGUAUCCUCGGUCGCAGUAUCGUCCUUCACGCCCCUGACUCUACCCGUCUUGCCUGUGGAAACAUCACCUCUUGGCUCGAUAAUACCGCUGACCUAUCGGGUCAGCCUACUCUUCAACCCUCUACAUUUACUACAAAAUAUUGAACCUGCUUAGGUCUCUCUCAUCAAACUACCACUAAUUCACUCUUAAUCUGGAUAGUCUUAUUCUACAACCAGCACAAUUCAGGGCCUGGAAUACACAGGCUCUCAACAUUAAACACAUGGAAGUCACAUUCUUGCAGACACUUCCUUCUGGUACCUGGAAAACGUGAAAAUUUGUAAACAACAUCAAAACCUAUUUAUCAACAGCC